AUGACAAAUCAAAGAGUUUGUAUUAUAGGUGGAGGUCCAGGAGGGUUGGCAUCUGUGAAAGCAUUAAAUCUUGAACCACUGAAAAGUGCCAUCGAUUUAUAUGAGUUGAGAUCAAGUUUUGGUGGGGUUUGGAAUUAUUAUCCCCAGAAACUGAAGAUAAGGACUGAUGAAGAAAUCAAGGAUAAUGAAAUCAAAGACUAUUCUCCGGUUUAUAAGCACCUUGAAACCAAUGUCAUCCAUGAACUAAUGGCCUUUUCCAAUUUUCCUUUCACUUGUCAGAAUGAGUUUCCUACUCAUGAAGAAGUGUUGAAGUACCUUUUGGAUUACAGUGAAACCAUAGGAGAUAUUGAUAAUCUUUAUUUCAAUCAUAAAGUUGUGGAAGUGAUCAAAAUUGGAAAUCAAUGGGAAGUAACGGCACAAUCAUCAAAAGGUUCUAUCACCAAAUCUUAUGAUUAUGUUAUAGCUGCUAAUGGACAUUUUUAUAAACCAUUCUACCCUGAAAUCCCUGGAUUAGAACAAUGGCAUGUUAAUGAUCCCUAUAGUUUAACUCAUGCCAAAUUCUUCAACGAUGGUGUGGAUUUCAAAGAUAAAACUGUUGUUUUGAUUGGAGGAUUUUCAAGUGGUUCAGAUAUUGCUUUACAUUUAUCUCGUUAUGCUAAGAAGAUAUACGUUUCCUUGAAACCGGACGCUAAAGUAAUGGGUGAAUUGGAUAAGAUCAAUCCUUUCAUCGAGAUUAUACCUGAAAUCUCGUCUUUAGAUUAUGAAUCUAAAACCAUCACUACCAAUGAUGGUCAAACUAUUGAAACAGAUUCAAUAAUUGUAUGUGCUGGAUAUUUUUACGAUUUACCCUUUUUGAAAUAUCUGACCAUAUGUAAGAAGCAUUAUAUUGAUGAGCUAUACAAACAAAUCUUCUGGUAUAAAGAUCCAAGCUUGAUGUUUUUGGGAUUAGGGAGAAAUGUUAAUCCAUUUCCAAUGAUAGAAUUACAAGCAAGUGUUAUUGCAAGGGUAAUCACUCGAAGAAUUCCUCUCCCCACUAUGGAAGAGAUGGAAAUCAGUUAUCUUGAAGAUAUAAAACAAAGUGGGAGGGGCAAAUCAUUUCAUGACUAUAAACCUCCUAAAGAUUUAGAAUACACCAAAUAUUGGCAAGACGUCAUUAUACAACACCAGGCUCAGCAUGGCUUGAAUUCUCCUGUUUAUGAAGGUAGGAGAUUAGAGUUAAAAAUGAAAGCAGGUGAAAUUAAAGACCAAAGAAUUAAAAGUGUUAACCAAAAAUUCCUAUUUAAGAGAGGCUUAAUCUCACCAUCAUAUCCAUGA